UUGGCCGUAAAGUGCAACGUUGUAGGAAGUGUCGUGGUGUUCGCGGCUAACAAUAAAAAGAGGUAAUAAUUGGAUAAAUAGUGUCUCCAAACGGCUUCUUUCAAAUCGACUAUAGUAGUUUAGUCUUAGUUUAUCAAAAUGGCCGAGAAAUUUGAUAACCUCGAGGAACAUCUGGAGAAAUUUAUCGAGAACAUUCGACAGUUGGGAAUCAUCGUUAGCGACUUCCAACCGAGCAGCCAGACAGUACUCAACCAAAAACUAAAUUUCAUGAUAUCAGGACUUCAAGACAUCGAUAAGUGCCGCCAACAACUGGUCGAGAUCAACGUUCCUCUGGAAGUCUUUGAGUAUAUUGACCAAGGCCGAAACCCUCAGCUGUACACCAAGGAAUGUCUGGAGAGAGCCUUGGCAAGGAACGAGCAGGUCAAAGGGAAGAUAGACACCAUGACGAAAUUUAAGAGCCUUUUAAUUUCCGAGCUUGGCAAAGUUUUCCCGGAGGAUAUGGCCAAGUACAGAGCUAUACACGGAGAGGACUCCCCCUCUUAGUAGCUCCUUUGGUUCGGUCCCAGACCCUCAACCUGUGACUGACCAGGAGGUUCUGCGGUUCCCAGAAACGUCCUGACAACAUUUUGAACUGAUCUCUGAACCUUCGGGAGGGGAUUUGAUUUCAGCUCAGUGGCUUUGCUCAGCCAGUCGUCACCCUCCUUUUCAUUUAAACACAUUAAAAACUGGGUUGUUGUGUGCUAGGCUACAUGGUUUGUGUUAAAUCUCCUGCUGAUGCAUGGACGUAGCUGCAGUGUUUUCCCAAAGUCCUGUUGUAUAAAAAAGAAAAGACUGCAAGCUUCUGCUGGGAUUUUGCGUUAAGGAAUUGACUCCAUCAUAUGUAAAUACUAUCUAUUUAUACUCAUAUUCUCUACUUUUUAUAAUGCUUCUUUAUCAUGUGCGACAUACAUUUAUACCACCUGCAGUUCAUAGCGUUUUGUAUCAAGCUCAGGUUUGUAAAAGCCACGACGGCUGAAGGCAAAUGUGCUCUUUGUUUGUAACUUGUGGGGAUUGUUAUGUUUGUUAUUAAAUUGUUUCCUUUGAAUUUAUUGUGGCGUUUUUUGUUUUGUUUUUGUUUGUUGCUAUUUGGAUUUGGAAUUUCAGUUGAUUAAAAUCAGGUCAAAGUGGAAUUAAACCGUACUGCUUAUAAUUAGAAGCCAGUCAAAGACACAAUCAUAGAUAACUUGGAACAUCCUGAAACACACCAUUAAUUCUGA